GUGUCAUUGGCAGUUCAGCUCUCUCUGCCGGCUCGACACCGCCUUCCCGCCCCUCCUCGCGGGUUGACGCGGCCACUUUACUUCCGCGCGCUCUUUAUUGUGCCUGAGAGACGCGGCACUUACGAGUUGAUGUCAUUACAGCUUGCAGCAGUGUAAGCCUCUUUGCUGUCGCGCUGCAGCGAUCACUUUUCGAUGGAGGAUCUCGUCGUGUCCAUAGCACUGCUGGCGCUCACUGUGCUAGGCAGCGAGGUGGUGAGGAGGACAGCGUCGCGACUUGGCGGUAGUGAAAAGUGGGGACUGUCGGCGCUGCUAAUUGAGUUUGCGUCGACUUUCCAGCUGUGCGCCUGUACCCAUGAACUGAAACUUCUGGCCGAGCAGGGUGCUGUCGAGCGUCCCCUGGGCUUGACGCUCACAUAUGCCAUCACGGUAGUCCACGUGCUUACGUUUGCUGGCGCAUUCUGCAACCCUGUAGCGAUCCUGGAGCAACUGUGGCGGAAGCGUUUGGGCUGGAGAGCGGCGACGGCCAGGUUGGCUUGCCAGUUCGUGGCAGCGACGGGAGCUCAGCUCUUAACACAGCGCGCAUGGGCGCUGGGACUGUCUGCCGUGCACGCGCGGCACCGAGCUGCAGGGUUUCUGUGCCGCAGCAGCAUCAGAACGUCAGUGUUUCGUGGAGCGAGCGUGGAACUUGUGUGCGCCUUAGCCAUGCAGAGUACACUCCUCCUAACGCAGUCGCUGGACGGGAGGUUCAGGGUCCACAUAAUUGCCGCAGUCAUCACAUUCCUGGUCUACGCAGGUGGAAGUCUUACUGGGGCAAUAUUUAACCCAGUCCUUGCAUUUUCUGUGCAGUUUCCUUGCAAAGGACAUACUUUUUUGGAAAAUUUCUUUGUUUACUGGCUGGGACCAGUAUUAGGUAUGGCUCUGUCUGUGCUAAUUUAUUCCACAAUCAUUCCAAGACUUUCCAGUGCACUGGGGUUACAAAAGAAGAUGGACAAGAGUGAAAUACUGAAAAAGUUCAACUAAAAGCCAUUCUAGUGGCUUUUCAAAGACACAAGAGUGGGGAUUUUAGAAAGGAGACUGUAACACAAAACAAUGGCUGCUUUAUUAUUAAAGCUGAAUAUGUGGCCUCAUACUAUAUAAAGACAGAUUCUGCAUUCCAGUUGACAAUUUGUGUAGCCUACUGCUAAUAUACCAAAUAUUUGUAAUUUGUUAAGAAAUGCGCCCCAGGUUUUAAUCAUGACUGUUCAGUGCUGACUGAUGACAAAGAUGUGUUUCUAAAGUUAGUAAGAUUACUAAGGAAAUGCCUGACAUGAAUAAGCAAUUAUGAAAAGUAGACAGGCACACAGUGGUCAGUAAGUAGCAUUCUUAGCUUCACUGGAGAGACUGACUCAUACAAUGCCUGACAUGAAUAGAAAUGGCAAGGAAAGAAAUAUGAUGCCCAGUGGGACACACUUGGAUGCUUGCUAGUUGUGCCCAGUGUACUUUGCUUUAAGUAAAUCAGGGGUGCCCAUACUUUUGGCUUGCGAGCCACUUUUAAAAUGAUCUACCUACAUUAAAAUUGAUACAUAUAUACAUACAUACACACACAUACACCGAGUAUUC